AACGCUGCCCCCAAGCUGCGAGGGGCAGCCAGCUUUGGGCAUCCAGCCAACAAGUCUGGUUUCCAUCGUGGGACUGACCUGGCUGGCGGCCCUGGGCAGAUCUGGGCAAACAGGUGAGCUGCUGAGGCCCCUCCCACCCCAAACAGGCAAGCAGGAUUGGCCCUGGGGAAGGGGCUGGACCUCAGACCUCAGCUCUGGCUCUGAGCCUGAGGUCGGAGCUCCCUUCAGCUUCUGCUGCGCUGACCACAGCCUCCCAUCCCCGGCCUCUGUCUACAAGCACCCAGCUCGCAGGUCCUCCCAGGAGCCAUGGAUCCCAGAGAUUUCUGGGGAAAGAGCACCAAGGCCUGGCUGUGUCUGAUCCUGCUCUUUGCCGUACUUCUGGGCUUCUACAGGUAAGGAGGAUGGGACCAGCCCGGGACCCUGUGGAGGUGGGGACUCAUGACCUAAGUGACCGGAGCAGCUGUGAAGGGCGUCGUGAUUCCCGUCGUGCCGAUCUCGUCGGGGCAAGGCUGAGACGCCAGCGCCCCGCCAGCGUCUUGCUCUGCUCCCAGGCGGUUGACAGCCGUUGCUGUAACUGCAGCAACGUGUUCAACCUGAUCCCCAGAAGACAGACAGAAGAGUCUCAAAGCAGCCUUGAGGCCCACCACCUGCAGGGCCAACGGGAGAGCCUGCCUUUGAGCCAGGGUGAAAAUGGCGUGGUUCUGCAGCGGUUGCUGCUGGAGAAGAAGGAGUCCAGUGAAGGUGACGGCCACCUGGACACCUGCAGGAUACCCGAGGUACCCAGGUUGCUUUACCCCAAGGCUCAGCUGCUCAAGCCCUCGAGAGUGGACGUGCUGGUCAUGACCCCCUGGUUUGCUCCCAUCAUCUGGGACGGGACCUUCGACUCUGCCAUCUUGGAUGCGCAAUUCAGAGACACCACCAUUGGGCUGACCGUGUUCGCCAUCAAAAAAUACGUGGUCUUCCUGCGGCUCUUCCUGGAGACGGCGGAGAAGUACUUCAUGGUGGGACACAAGGUCACCUACUACGUCUUCACCGACCGGCCGGCGGAUGUGCCCCAGAUCGCCCUCCGGGCCGGGAGGCAGGUGGUGGUCCUCCACGUCGGGAGCUACAGACGCUGGCAGGACAUCUCCAUGCAUCGGAUGGAGAUGAUCAGUAACUUCUCGCGGCAGCGCUUCCUCCACGAGGUGGACUACCUGGUGUGCCUGGACGUGGACAUGAAGUUCAGCGACCACGUGGGCGUGGAGAUCCUGGCGCCGCUCUUCGGGACCCUGCACCCCGGGUUCUACGCCGCCGACCGCCAGUCCUUCACCUAUGAGCGCCGGCCCCUGUCUCGAGCCUACAUCCCGAGAGACGAGGGUGACUUCUACUACGCGGGAGGCUUUUUUGGGGGGUCGGUCCCCGAGGUUUACCGGCUCACCACGGCCUGUCACCAGGCCAUGACGGCCGACCAGGCCCAGGGCAUCGAGGCCGUCUGGCACGACGAGAGCCACCUGAACCGGUACCUGCUGUCGCACAAGCCCAGCAAGGUGCUGUCCCCCGAGUACCUGUGGGACGAGCGGAUGCUGCAGAGGCCGCCCUUACUCCGGAAGCUGCGCUACGUGGCCGUGCCCAAGAACCACGGAGAGAUUCGGAACCGAUGAGAACGUACUUGCCAAGAAAGUCCGUGGGUAUCAGACCGCAGCGCAUGUCAGUGGGUCUCCCCUCUUGAUGAGGGAUUGGCCAAAGGCUCGAUGACGCGGGUGAAGCCGUCGGCUUGCUUCGUCUUCUGGAGGGAACUCCACUGGGCAGACAAAGCCGGCCCCGCAGUCUUCAUUCCCUCCCCAUCCCGCCUUCUCUUUCGAUGUGACUCAUCCUCCAAGGGCUUGACAAGGUCACCUUCCUGGGACGCUUUCUUUGGUUCUCUCGUCUUCCAGUCGUUGAAGGGAAUUUCUCCUUCCUCUGACAAAACAACAGCAGAAAGAACUGUGUUUUCAUGAAGCGCUAAGGAUAUACCUUUGGCCCUGUCUGCCUUUCUGCCUACCUUACCCAUUGGUCUUGCCCAUUGUAAUGUGAGAUCCUGAGGGUGGAGACCAAGAUGUCUUCAUCUUUUUAUCCAUCAGCACAUACCUCAGUGCCUGAUGCCCAGGGACUUUCAAAAGUGUUUGCAUUUAAAUUUCAGGAAGGGACUUCCCUGGGACCCAUCCAGUGGUUAAGAGGCUGCCUACCAAUGCUGUGGACACAAGCUGGAUCCCUGAUCCCGAAGCUGAGAUCCCACAUGCUGUGGGGCCACGGCUACUGACCUGGCGUGCUACAGCCAACAAGAGAGGCUACCUAAAGGAGUAGCCCCUAUUUUCUGCAACUAGAGAAAGACCCAGAGAUCACGCGCAGCCAGGAAGAGGCUGUGUGCCACAACGGAGACCCAGUGCAGUCAAAAAUAGAUCAAUGAAUUAAAAAAAUAAAGUAAAUUAAUUUAAAAAUCAAAUUAAAAGUAAAUGCAUAAAUUUAA